AUGAUUGGACAAAAAGGUGCACAACAUCUAGCUGAUGCCCUAAGAAAUAACACGACACUGACGGCACUGCAUCUAGGAGGCAAUAGUAUUGGAGACAUAGGUGCACAACAUUUGGCUUAUGCACUGCAUAAUAACACGACAAUGGUGACACUGAAUCUAGGAGGCAAUAGUAUUGGAAACCCAGGUGCACAAGAUUUGGCUGAUGCGCUACGAAAUAACACGACACUGACGGCACUGCAUCUACAGUAUAAUGCAAUUCCAGUCAAAGGUGCACAACAUCUGGCUGAUGCACUACGAAAAAACACGGCACUGACGACACUAGAUCUAGGAGGCCAUAAAAUUGGAGGCGAAGGUGCACAACAUUUGGCUGAUGCAUUGCUAAACAACACGACCCUGACCACAUUGCAUCUUCAUUGUAAUGAUAUUACACAUGAAGGUGCACAACAUCUGGCUGAUACGCUACGCAGAAACGCGGCACUGACCACGUUGAAUCUGCGGAGCAAUAGUGUUGGAGACAAAGGUGUACAACAUCUGGCUGAUGCAUUACGGAAAAACACGACACUGACCACACUGAAUCUACAGGACAAUAUAAUUGGAGACAACGGUGCAGUAUAUCUGGCUGAUGCGCUAAGAAAUAACAGGACACUGACGACACUGGAUCUAGAGUCCAAUAAUAUUGGAGACGGAGGUGCAUACUCUCUGGCUGAUGGAUUACGGAGCAAUAUGGUAGCUAUUGUACUCUCUUCAUUCAUUCGAUGUUAA